CGGCGGCGACGUGGCGGUCAUUAAACGGAAAAUAACAGACAAAUCAGCCUCCAGAUCAAGUCUUGAAGCACAACUCUGAAAAAUCGAGACUACCUACAGCUGAGCUCCGACCAACCGUUGAUGGAUGCAAUCCGGAAGCUCAGAGAUCAGGUCGCCAAGCAACAGCAGGCCGUGUUCAAACAAUUUUCUGGUGGCAUAUAUGGGGGAUCGGAUAAUGUUGCCUCGGAUGAAAAUGAAUUUCAACAGCAUCAGAAACUCGAGAAGCUGUACAUAUCAACUCGUGCUGCCAAGCAUUACCAAAAGGAAAUUGUCCGCGGAGUGGAAGGUUACAUUGUGGCCGGUUCAAAGCACGUUGAAAUAGGUACGAAGCUAUCAGAAGAUAGCAGGAAAUAUGGUUCUGAAAAGACUUGCACCAGUGGUAACACAUUGUCGAGAGCUGCACUGAGUUUUGGAAGAGCUCGGGCCCAAAUGGAAAAAGAGUGCGGAGUUCUACUUAAAGCCCUUGGCACACAGGUUGCAUAGCCUUUAUAGUGGGAGCGCCCAUGGAGGAUGCUCGACAUCUUGCUCAACGUUAUGCUAGAAUGCGGCAAGAAGCUGAAGCUCAGGUCCACAUCUCAACCCAAAUAUAAUGACGUCAAAGGAGAGGGGAAAAUGAGAAGGAAACUCUGGAGGGUAGAGGGAAGGAAAAGGAGAAAAGGAGAAAGGGAGAAGGGAAAAGUAGAACGGGAAGGAGGAAAAUGAGAGGAAAUUUCGGAGAAUAGAGAAAAGGAGAAGGGAAAAGAAGAAAAGCAGAAAAGAAGGGAAAAGGGGAAGGAAGCUUAGGAGGCUAGAGAAAAAGAGGGAAAUGCAUAAAAAUAAAAAAAUAAAAAAGGAAAGUCGCCUUCAUCAUUAUGUCUACUAACGGAAAGGAGCAACCACAUUGUAAAUUAUACUAAAAAUAUGACUUUAACCCCUCAAACUCAAUUUCUUUCAUAUAAAACCCGACAUAACAUUUUUACUCGAAUAAAACCCAAUGACUAGACUUCACAUAA